CAGCGCACGAGGGCCCUCAGGGGGAGGGGCGGGGCCGGGGGGCGGUGCGAGGCGGAGCGGCGCUUCCGCCUUCCCGCGGGCUGUUCCUCGGCGGCGGGAAGGCCGAGCGGCGGACAUGGCGUCGCUGCUGCCGCGCAUCGAGCAGCUCUCGUCGCGCGUGGUGCGGGUGCUGGGCUGCAACCCGGGGCCUAUGACUCUGCAGGGCACCAACACCUAUCUGGUGGGCACCGGGCUCAGAAGAAUCCUUAUUGACACAGGCGAGCCAGCUAUUCCUGAAUAUAUUGGCUGUUUGAAGCAGGCCCUGUCCGAGUUCAACAUCUCAAUUCAGGAGAUCUUAGUUACACACUGGCAUCGUGAUCAUACUGGUGGAAUACCUGACAUCUGCACAAACAUCCCGAAUGACUCUGAAUAUCGCAUCUGUAAGCUUCCUCGUGUCCCUCACUGUGAAGAAAUAAUAGGAGAUGGAGGACAUAAAUAUUUAUAUCUUAAAGAUGGGGAUGUGAUACAGACAGAGGGAGCCACACUCAGAGUUUUAUAUACACCUGGGCACACUGAUGAUCAUAUGUCUUUACAUCUAGAAGAGGAAAAUGCUAUAUUUUCUGGUGACUGUAUUUUAGGGGAAGGAACAACAGUAAUUGAAGACCUGUAUGAUUACAUGAAAAGUUUGAAAAUGUUAUUGCAAAUGAAACCAGAUUUAAUAUAUCCAGGUCAUGGCCCAGUCGUCCGUGAUGCAAAUGCUAGAAUUCAAGGAUACAUUUCUCACCGAAAUGCACGUGAACAGCAAAUUCUGAAUGUUUUCCAGAAGAACACUGGAAAAUCAUAUACAUCUUCAGAGCUUGUAAAGAUAGUAUAUAAGGAAAUUCCUGAAAAUUUACUUCUAGCAGCAGAAAACAACCUCAUAGUCCACUUGAAGAAGUUGGAAAAAGAAGGAAAAGUGUUACGUGAUGCAUCUCCCAGCUUCAGAUGGAGAAACAAUCUGUAGCUUAUACAAGAUUGCUCGAGAUCAUUUUCAGUCUGCACAGUUGCUGCAUGGAAAAAGAGAACGAUGAGCUCGGACGAUAUGUGAAGUAAAAGUCUUUCACUUGUUUUUUAGGUUCUAACAAUUUAAAAGUGAUGUUUAUUAAGCUUCAUAAAUUGGAGAAUGUAAAAACAAAUCUGCAGUAAAAAGAACGAAGAUCAGAUACUUAAGCUGCUUUCAUUGUGCUUUUCAAAAAGUGAUUCUGAUGGUAACUUCUCUGUAAAUUCUAAAAACAACCAAUUUUUGCUAACAAGUGGAAAUACUGUUUUUCAUAUUCUUUUCCAUAAUGUAACUGUCUGUGCACGUUUUUGCUGGCACCUCACUGCAGUAUGUUUUGACUGAGAGUACUUCCAGAUAUAUCUGUUUGCUCAUGGAAACACCAUUUCUGUGAAAUUUAAAGGAUCAUUAAUUUCACCUAAUUAAUGUCAAAACAUGCACAGCAUUAGGCUUUAAUUCUAUAUCUUCUAAGUUUCUGCAAGAAUGUGGUUAAAAAGCUACUUAAAUUGAGAUAUAUAUUGUAAACAAUAUGAAGUUGUGUUUUUCUAUCACUUUAUAACAAGCUUAGAAUUGUUACUAACACCAUUUAAAGAACAAAUACUUUAACUAAAGGUUGUAUUUGAUUGUAAGAUACUGUAUAGUGUAGUAAAAUAUGUUUGAAGAUGAAUUUAAACUUCAGUUUUCUGUGUAGCUUCCAGAGUAAUAUAUAAAUGUUUGUAUUAUAUUGUGCAUUUAACAUGUUUUUGAUUCACUUUUUUAAUGCUGGUCCAACCUGAAAGAGAUGUUUAAAGGUACUAAAGACAAAUAUACAUUCUUGAAAAUCCUUGAGAACCUUUCAAGUUCAAUCCUUUAUCUUCAUUUGUGGAACGUGCGUAUGUUUUUAGUAGGCAUUGCUUAAUAGUUAUCAGUAUCUGAUGAAGUUGAUAACAUUUGUUCAUAAUGAUGGCCUUUUGCUUCAGGAGAAGAGAAAUUUAAUUGGAAUGGUACAGUUUUGUCAUGGUGGGAAGCCUGAGAACCUAAAACACAGAAGGGUUUGGUAUGAAGUGAUGAUGUCUCAUCACCUUCCAAGCUAAAGAAGUCUACUGGCAUCCAAAAUGUCACUGAACCAUUUUCUUCUGUUUGACUGUGUUUAUGGAAAAUUCUUCAGAACUGAGUUAAAUUGCAGACAGUGAAGAAAGAGAUGUGAUGCAAAGAACUAUAUUACAUAUUCCACGCUGUCAUGCAGCCAACACCUAAAGUUCAUGAAAGAUGAGGGAAAUAGCAGUUUGACCAGACUUGAGUUGUCUUUUGUGAUAUAUAUGGUGUCUCUGAAAUAUUAAAAACAGAGGUUGCUUUACUAAGA